GAAGUACAAUACUUAUUGGAUCUAAAACAUCCCACCGUUCUGGUUUGUGUUGAAACUGGUAAUACUCCAUUGAAAUUAUUACCAUCUUAUUUGCCCUCAUAUCAUCGAUAUUUUACAGCUGGUACAAAUGCGCACGGAGGUGUUUUAAUAUUAGUACACAUGUCUGUACCAUCAAAAUUAGUCCAUACAGAACCCAAUAUUUUAGAUGUUGAAGUCUCAUUAGGAUGUUGUCGCUUAAAUGUAAUAGGUGUAUACAGCCCACGGUCGUCACCGCUUCCAAUCAAAAGCCUCCGAAACAUCGUCACUACCAAUACAGCGAGACAAACAUUACUAAUCGGGGAUCUCAAUGCCUAUUCUACAUCUUGGGGCUGCAGUACAACCGACAGGCGAGGUUUCGAAGUAUCGUCAUUGCCAAAAUGGAUUCGGGAUGAAAUAGCCGUUUUACAUAAUCUGCGGAAUCGAUAUUAUCGUCGUUACACGAUUGAACGGUACAAUCAAUAUAUCGUGCAGCGACAAUUCGUACAUUUUUGGAUCAAAGAACAUCGCGUGCAACAGUGGGAAGGUUUUCUGAAAACCUGUUCGACCGGUGAUAGUUCUUAUUUUUGGCGCUAUACAGCGAGACACUUCCAGUCCUCAGCACCCCACUUCAAAGGGUUACAAUCUAAUAACAUAAUCGAUACGAAUCCGAUCUCUGUCGUCGAACAAUUGUAUCAGCACUACAGAGAACAUUUUCGUUUUCCAUCAGAAAACCUAUCGCCAGUAGCUGAAAGCGUAAUUGAGGAAGAAUACGGAAGAGCCAGAACACUGUAUGAAAAUAGUCCCAAUCCAUCACCACUGACAACCACCUAUACAGAGGUAGCUAAGAUAUUGAAAAGAAUUCGACCAAAACGUGCAUUGGAUGUUUCGGGAACCAGUAAUUUUCUUCUUCGUCAGCUACCACUGGAUUUUGUCGGUAUUCUUGUAGUUUGUUUCAAUCGGUUGUUAGGAACAAAUUCAGUAACGGAACACGACAAAAUAGCACGGAUGAUAUUUCACUCAAAAGCCGGUUCUUACCCCACCAUCAGUGAGCUACGUCCAAUAUCGAUUUUAAAUGCUAUUGGAAAGCUCUAUGAAAAAAUUAUGUACACGUACUUACAAAAAUGGAUGAUAGAGAAAAAAGUCAUUCCCACUUCUCAAUCCGGAUUCCAACCUGGGGUCCGGUUACAAACACGAGUGCUCAGUCUCUAUGAAGCAGCACGAGCUUCUAUUGCAUCGAACAGACCCGGAUUGAUUUUAUUUGUCGAUUUUGCUAGUGCGUUUGAUAAGGUUUGGCAUAAGGCUUUGCUGGUCAAACUCUCAAGAUACGAUAUUCCAGGACAAUAUUGGUUGUGGAUCAGAAACUGGUUGAGCGAAAGGUCAGCAUACAUUUCAUUCUGUGGUUUACAAUCCGAUUUGUUCGAUAUUGAGUGGGGCCUUCCACAAGGUUCGGUUUUAUCACCAUUAAUUUAUUUACCAUAUGUUGCUGAUUUGAAUGACAUUAAGGAACCAGCAAGGAAAAACAACUGGUUUGCUGAUGAUUGGAGUCUGUUCAUUGAAGUUCCAUUCGGUAUUCCAUUCGGUGAAGCAUGCCCACUACUACAGAGACUAGGUCAACAAGCGUUGGAUAACAUCAGAGAGUAUUGCGAUUAUUGGUUAAUUGAACUGAGUGUCAAAAAGACUGUUGGCCUUAUAGUUCAUUCACAAGUACAAGUAGCAACGAUAACACUGAAAUACAAUAGCCACACAAUUUCUAUGGAAACUAAGGUCACUAAUUUGGGAUACGGACUAACAUCAAAAUUGGGUUUGGGUGCAUUUUUGAAUUCGGUGUGUCAGAAAAUUGCAGCUUCAUUUCGAAUUGUUUCAGCUCAAUUCGCGCGUGUUGGUUCAGUAUCGAUUAAUUUGCGUCGCAGAUGUUUUUUUGCGUUUGUUUAUCCUUGUGUCUUGAGUACUGGCCCAGUGUGA